CGCCUUCCGCUAAAUCUCCUCCCGGGGAUCGACUCUUCCAGUUGUCUUCUUGUUUGGAUUGGCUUGGGCCCAACGUCUUGGGCCGGUCCAGAUUUAAUACACCUUAGCUCUUGUGGCCCAGCGCCUUCCGGGUAUGGUGUUUGGGCUACCCGCUGCGUACCAGUCCGUCACAAGCCCCCCAACUCCUCAUUCCUCAGUCGGGCCACGUUGAGGGAUGGGAAGUUUACGAAGUCCACGUGGGCGCCUCCUCAACGGAUCCGAGCCGUUCCUUGGUUUUCGUGUGACGGUUGGAAUGAUCUCCACUAAAAACAAUCAUGGCUUGCUGCUUCGCCUUCGACCCCGCUCUGAUAAAACCGCCGCUGGACGCCAUUUUUCUCCACCUGCUACACUUGUUUCUUCGCUCGUUUGUUCGCCGCUACCCGACCCGUUUUUUCUCACUCUACAGGUCAGUUCUCCCUCUGCCAUCAUGAUUGUCUCUGAUUCUGACUCGGCCUCUCCAUCGUCCCAUUCUCGUCAAGCCGAUCAUUCGGCCCUUGGUCAAGACCAGGGCCAGUCCAGUUUUCCUCAAUCGUCGUCGGCGGCAGUGCCCGGCCAAAAGCUUCGCCGGCUGAGGAAGCAAUUUCCCUCCUCGACCCCGGUACUGAAAGGCAAGAGGGUUGAACUAGAGGAGAACAUCAAGGCUCUGGGCCAUUGUCAGGUCAAUGACCGUGGGUUCGCCGACGCCACUGACAUGGUUGGCCCCUCUAUUGAAGUCCAGCGGCCCACUAGGACCCAGACCGCCCUAGAUGCUCCUCCAGGGUUUUUCACUAUUCACCUGGCCUCUUUGAAGAAGGGGUUGCGGUUCCCUUUGCACUCGUUGUUGAUCCAGUUCCUCAACGAGGUGGACCUUCUUCCUUGCCAACUGGUCCCCAAUUCCCACCGGUACAACACCGGUUAUUUGAUCGAGUGCAAGGAAGCGGGUGUGGAGCCCACCCUAAACCAUAUCCUCUUUACUUUCAAACUGGCCAAAGGCCAUGGGGAUUGGGCAUCUUAUGCCAGCCUUUCCCAGCGAUCUAGCAAACUUUUCACUAGUGACAAGAAAGGGUCGACCAAGGACUGGAAGCCCUUUUUUGUCUUUGUCUCGACAGGGCCUGAAUCUCCUUUCACGGGUUCAUGGCACCCAUCUAUCCUUCGCGUCCCGUCCUCCAAGACGAAUGCCACUCUCUUGUCCCUCACCCUAAAACAUUGCGGCCAAGGAGCCGUCGAGAUUAAAACGAUGGUGACCGAGGAGUCUCUUGCAAAGCUUGGGUUCGAGUUUGUUAAGGACGAGCAUCGUCACCAGCCCGACAUGUUGAGGGACCUCCCCGAAAGGAGAUGCAGCCCCUGGAGACCUUGGUUACCCUCCCAGCUUACCGCGGUCGCUACGGAGCGAAUGGGUAAGCUGGUAGUGGAGUGGCUCAAGACCGGACCUGGAGCCAAAUGGAUGGUUGGGGAGGCAGAGAAGUCAUUCAACUGCGGGCUCUUCCGGGCCCAACAGGUUAUCCGCGACCAGCUAGCUUGGCUCCCCAAGGGAAUCUCCCUCCCCGAUCUUGGCUUUCCUCCCCCUGCGGUGCCUUUGCCGAGUUUGACCCUAGUCCUCACUUGGAUGAGGAAAAACCCAUAUACUGAUGACUACCAAGUCAAAAUUGGGUCUGACUACUAUCCCUACCAUGAGGAACCACCAUAUGAUACCCCGUCUAGGAACUUUGGAUACCAAGACACUAAUGGGGAUAAUUAUUAUACUCAUGGGGAUCAAGAUGAUUAUGACCAAUAUGGGCCUAUGUACGAAGACCAAUCUGAUCCACUCGUCGAAGAAAUCAUAAGAUUAGAACAGAAAAUUUUCUAUUUCGACGAAGUUCUAUUCGCUGAAGGCUCUUGGUACGAACCACCCUACUGCCGUGACUACACCCUGUUUGCUGAAGAACAAAUUGAGGUAAACAAGGUGGCAAUUCGAGAAAGAGCAAAACUUCUCGAAUCAGUCCGGAAGGAAAGGGAGUUCGGAAGGAGAUUAUGCGAAGGAUCAGAAAUGAUGCAGAAAAUGCUGGACGGCUUCCAAAGAGAGAGACUAGAAGUUGAUGCUAAAGCUGAUAAAUUAGUCAAUGAUCUCUGCAAGGCUGUUGAACUUAAACGCUCCCUCCAAUCUCAAGAUCAAAUGAGGGAGAUUAAUGUUCAAAAAGAGGCUCUAGAACCUAAGACCAACCCUGAACCCAUCAACCAUCAGGUUCCUGUUCUAGAAGAUUCACCUAGUUCUACACCAUCACAUAAACUUGAGAGCAUAACAACUCUCGCUAGGGCUACUGUGGUGAUAUUACCUGAAUGUCCUCCUAGCCAAGUCCCAUCUAGCAUAGUCGUACAUGAGGUGGAACCAACUGAGGGACCUGACUUAGAACCACCUACACUCAUUCAAGAAAAGGAGGAGGAAGUUUUUCCUAUAGCAAUAAACGAUCAUCUCCUUAAUUGUGUUGAAGACACACCUCUAGAGGAACCUGUUCUGGAGGAAAUAGAGCCCAUUACCUGCCCUCAAGAUACCAAUGUUCAAGAGUCUGAGGAGGAAUCUAUAGACGAAGAAAUACCUAGCACAGAGGAACCAAUAACGUCUAUAGAUAAUCAUGCUUCAUCAGAAGACUUAGACCAAACUUUCUUUGACUCCCUACUUGACGGGUGUGACUUUGUCUGCCCGAAGGAUAGUUGGAGCCAAAAGAGUUGGGAUGAAUUUCUGGUAAGUGACACUGAAGACUCAUCCAUGGGGGAAAGCAUGGUCGUAAUCAUCAAACCACAAAUGGAUAGUCAGCCCAUUGAAGACAAAGAAGAAAUCAAUCUCGCCAUAAAGGCAAAUGAUGUGGAUCGUCUGAGGAGACUUCCGCCACCACCAAUCAAUACAAAGUCUCCUUCAUAUAUCCUGUUGCCACCAAGCCACAGGGAUGAGUCAAGGAUCCUGGACCUUGACCGAGCGAAAAUUCAAACAAGAUGGGAGAACCGUAUGGAAUACCUUGUAGAGGAAGCGAAGAAGAGGUUCUGCACGUGGGGUAAACACAAAGGUUUUAUAGCCCUUGAUUAUUCUUGAUCCAGAAUUCCUGGUUGAAAUUAGCUACUGAGAGGAUAUUGACUUCCUCAGUAAAUUCUCUUUUUCUAU